ACCGAGGCGGCCAUACCCGGAAGAAUGACAAGUGUGUAUUGUCGUCAUUCGCCAAGAUUUUAAGGCAAGUAGGAAAGAAAUAUGUUUUGUCGAUAGAUAAUUGAUCAUCUUUGUGGCUCGUGAUUGUAUGUCGUUUGUUUAUUCGUACAAAUAAAAGGGAGACGUCGCCAGUAGGUAAUUAGUUUGGUAGCUAUGUGAUUAUUUCCUUUUUAAUGACAGUUCGUGGGAGCUACACUUGUUAGCAUUUUUCACUAAAGAGCAACAUGGCAUCCUACUUUGACGAGCACGACUGUGAGCCGACCAACCCCGAGGAACAGUACCGCCAGAAUGCACUCCUUGAACUGGCCAGGUCUCUAAUGCAGGGGUUGGACUUGAUGGAUUCAGGACAUUUUGACUCGUCAGACUGGGACCAGCGUCUUCCUCCUCCAGCUGCAAAAGUAGCUGUGCAGACUCUCACUGUGGUGGUUAUUUCUCCAGAGCAAGCAGACAAAGGCAUGAAGUGUCCUGUGUGUUUGCUGGAGUUUGAAGAGCAGGAGACUGUUCGAGAAAUGCCUUGCAAGCAUCUUUUCCACGCUGGAUGUAUACUGCCGUGGUUGGGCAAGACCAACUCUUGCCCACUGUGUCGACUUGAACUACCCACUGACAAUCAAGAGUAUGAAGAGUUCAAGAAAGACAAAGAGAGACGAAAACAGAGGGAGCACAGACUGGAGGACCUCCAUGGAGCAAUGUACACAUGACAGUGAUGUUUCACCACCACUAAACAUUCAGGAAGUUCAAAAUGGAAGCUCCUCUGCAGUGGCAGAACUACAACAUGGCUAUACUCUCAGGGGUACAGUUGAGAUGUGUGGAUGUGCUGCUUCCACCGGGCGACUUGAGGCCCUUUGUGGCACCGCUUCCCAGCGUGGAGUCCCGAGCCCUGGGGCCCAAGAUCACUCCUGAGCCGUGGUGGAGGCAUUGCUGCAGGCCCGCCAUCAUAGUCUCGCCCGUGACGGUGCCGAACUCGUACGUGAAGGUGCCGUAGAAGACCAGGAUGUCCACGGUGAAAACCCACUCACAGAUGGCGGCGGCGUGCUGGAGCGUGAAGCUCUCAUGCACAAAGAAGAUGCCACCUGGGAAGGACUGGUUAAGGCCCAUUCAUAUACACUAAAUAUAAACACCUGACUAUCCAUUGACAAACACAUAAUGCAAACAUCUGUCUGUCCAUACACAUACACAACAUACACAUUUAUCUAUUCACAUACACACAAAAGAAACAUCGGUCCAUUCACAAACACAAUGUAAACAACUGUGUCUAUUCACAUACAUACAAUGUAAACAUCUGUCCAUUUACAAAUGCACAUAAUCAGCCAGUAUUAACUAAGAAGUAAUGACAGGUCAUGAUGUCAGGGUAGAGCUAGCAGAGGUCUGAUGAAGAAAAGGAUACUGAGAACGAGGGAGACCAUGGCUCCGAGUGCCAGAGCCACACGGAAGUGGGCCAUCCAGUAGUCGAGGGCGGUUACUGCCACCCGAUAGGUGAGCACACACUGUAAGCACACAAAGAGAAGCCCUGCUGGAAAGGCCACGCCAGCGCCCACAUAGUGUAGAGAUUUGGCGUGGUCAACCUUUCAGGCCGAUAAACACAAUCUGAGAGUCCUGUGUGCUCUAUUGUGGGUCUAAAUGUGAGGAACCAGGGGCUUUACCUGGAAGUUGCCCACCAUAACCAGACCCACUGCGUUGGUGCAGCCCGAGACCAGAGCACUGGUGUUCACCCAACAUCUGUGGCUGUGUUCUAUCACCUGGGCGUAGCGCAGAAGGCACACCAUCACCACUGUAGACAACAAAUACACAUUUACACUGUACAACAACAACAACACAUAACUGCAAGAUAAUUGAAAAUGCAAGACAAAUAUUCAGCAUUAAACAUAUCCAUUCCAAAAUGUCAGUUUUUCCUGUGUGUAGGUGUACGUAAUGUUGUGGCCAGUGAGUGUAUAGGGAGAGAAGUCAAAAGGUACAAACUGCCGUCCAUCAGGCAUCCAGGAAGUGAGUACAUAAUUCCGGGGAAAUUUGAUGAAAAGGUGAACACUGACUGAAAGCGCCGAAAUGAAAGGCAGCACUGGGAAAAUGGGGCAAAAAUGAGUGGUGAUUCAACCUGACAGGAAGCAGAGGAGUAACGGAGGAAGGCCAUGGAAGGAUCAUGUAGGGGAGACGGCCGGGGGAAGGGUGGAAGGAAACCGCAUUAAUUAUUGAUUUAGAGAGCUAAGGCUAUUUCAAGCCCCUUCAUGGCUCUGAAGGCUGACACGGGCACAACACAACAUUGAUACAUUGAUGUGUGUAUAUAUCAGGGGUGUAAUAGUACAGUGGAACCUUAGUUAGCGUCAUUAAUUUACUCCAGAAGGUCUGACUCUAACCGAAACAGAUGCUAACCAAAUCCAUAAGAAAUAAUGUAAAUCCAAUUAAUCUGUUCUGAAAGCCAAAAAUGUUUCACAUGCAUAUAAAUACAUAUAAAUGAUGAAUGAAAGGGCUAAAUUAACAUUUAAGGUUAUUUUUACCUACAUUGAAGCUGUGAUUCUUGACAGGCUCAACUGUCCCCAAAGACACGAUGUGGCAGCGACAUCAAUCACCACUACCUUCCUGUUUUGACAUUGGGUUAUUUCUUGAAUUCAAUAAUGUUUCUCAAUACUGUAACCCAAAAUGGAGCCUUGUAAGUGUCAGCAUUUUGCUAAAGGUGAGAAAUACUACUGAAUUCAAGAAAUAACUCCCGACAAAACAGUAAGAUGGUGUCUUGUGUGGUGUCUCGCUGCCACAUCAUGUCUCUGGGAACCGCAGUCUUCAAUGAAGGUAAAAGUAACCUUAAAUGUUUAUUUAGCCCUUUCAUUUGUCAUUUAUAUGCAUUUAGAAUUGUUUUAUGCAUCUAAAACUAAUGAUAAAACUAUGGAAUCAUGUUUUGUGCUACCAUUUUUUAAGAGUCAACCGCUGAUGACAUCAUAGGCGGACAUUGUAUCUUUUCAUGGUUGCCAUUUUGUUCACUCGCUAAUAGGAUGCUAACGAGGAAGGACGUUUUCUGAUUUAAAAGAAAAGUGUGCCAUAUUGGAUGCUAACCGGAGAAUGCACGAAAACUGAGGCAAAAUCGUGGCGUGCAUUUUCAAUGUUAACCAGAAAAAACGAUAACCGGGCCGGACGCUAACUGAGGUUCCACUGUAUUCUUGUUAUUUCAUGCAUGCUUUGGCGGGUAGGUCAUGCUUGAGGAAUCUUAAAAAAGGUCCAAGAAAGCAUCAUGGAUUUCAGUGGAGAGUGAGAAGGGGGUGAAGUGCUGUGAUGCAAUUUCUGGACAUUUUGCAGCCUGCCCAGGGCCCGGCCGGCCAUGGUCAGUGAGUGAUGGGCGGAAUCUGGAGAUAUCUAAGUUGGAAAAAGGCUGACUUGGUAAUAGACUUGAUAUGGGAUUGGACAGAGAGGAUGGUGUCUAGAAUAAGUUAGGAACCUCAGGAGAAGCUUGUAUGGAGCAGUCGUCAGUGAUGAUGGAGAUGCCUCCAAACAUCCCAAGCAAUACCUCGUGGGCCACAACCACGAGCUGUCUUGUACAAGUUGAGGGAGUAGUUUAGCCGUCAUACGGGUUUACAUGUCAUGAAGGCAGUUGAGUAGUGGAUAUGUGCUACACUGGAAUGUAACAUUCAAACUGGUAAACUCCACAUUUAUUCAAAGCAUUAGGUUGUUUGUUAUAGGUAUUUGGUUAAGUCUUACCAACUGUGUAUUUUUGUUUGGCAAAGUUUCACAUUUUCAGGACAUAUGCGGAGGUCUUACCCAUGAAGGCUCCAACAUUGCCGAUGAGGCUGAACAGGCAGCUUUCAGGAGGGUAAGAGCCACAUUUACUGUAAUAGAUGAAGACAAAACAUGCAAUUAGCAAUAACACAGUUGCGUCACAUACACUGUUUUUACUGUAACAGCUGUAACUGCAUUAUAGGAGAACUGCCUCUAUAAAGGCUCUGGUCAUGUUUGUAUAUGCCAUAAAAGCAAAAGGUUAUGCUGAUGUCACAGAACCACAGCAUGAUAAUCCAUGCCUGAGGGCCUCAGGGUGACUACUUGUGCAGGCAUUGAAGAGCGGAAGGAAGGUUAAACAAGAGACCUGAUGAGGGGAAUGUCCUGGACGGUGCAACAGGUCUUGGGAAAGCCUGGUCGGAGCAGCUCCUCUGUGCACGUUACGUUGUAGGACCUGCAGCCAUAGCACAACCAGGUUAGGACAGAUUGUACUGAAUCACUGCGUCUCGUGUUAGAGAACAAAGAGAUAUGAUAUUUCUGAAAUGAAUGCUCACCAGUUCUCCACAGGACAAACAUGGUGAUUCAUCACAGCCAUGGCAUAUCUGCAGAUAAUUCCAUGUAUCAUGACACAGAGUAGCAGUAGUAGUAGUAGUAGUAGUAGAUUACUCAUCACAGUAAUGUAGACGCUGUAACUUAAAAAAUACAACUCACUGACCACCUGUCUUUACAGUUUUCAUCGUCUCUCGCCUCCAAAGAGGCAUGAAGAGAGUUCACUCUGUGCAUUGGUUCUACACCUACACGCUUCAUAUUACAAUGGCGAACAGAAUGAGACCUCUUGCCAGUCAUACAGUCGCUUUGUCUCUGUCGGGGAACCGUGGCAAUGCGUGGCAUGGCAAGAAGCAAUACAAGCCUACAAUGUAGAAAUUAGGAGAGAAAAAGAUGCUUGCAAAGCCAAAUUCCACAGCCCCUGCGUGGAAAUAUUAAUGAGCAACAUGAGCCCAUCAACACGAACGAGCCAGUAUGCCAAAUUUACUCGAAAGUAGUAGCAACAUAAAAGCAAAAAACAAAAGCAAAAAACGAACUUGCCCACCUCAAACAUAUCCGCCCCACCCAGUUUUCCCAUCUGGGAAAAAAAACUACACAUCGAGAUGCACAGCCUUCUUUCUGACAGCCAAUACUCACUGAGACGUUUGGUCGUCAAAGUAAAUACAAACGGAAUAGCACAAAUGAUAAGCGGCAUAGAAAAUGAAAUGGAAGGAUGGAGGGAGUGCGUUCACAGAAAGUCAUCCCAUAGGAAAUGCUGAUCUUUAAUGCAGUUGAAUGCUGCAAAUGUUUGACAGACACUAAGAAUUGUCUGUGAGAAAAAAACAUGUCACAAAUGGCAACUUUGCAGAGUAAAAGAUGACAUAUUAAAAGGAAAUAUUGAUUAUGCUAUAUUAUUUACUAUUAUCAUUAUUAUAUAUAUUAUCAUAACAGUUGUUUAUUUGGUCUAAAACAAUGUUGACAAUAUUAUCGUUUAGCGUCAAUCUGUGGGACAUAAACAUUUCAAAACGCACCUGCAUUGUUUUGCAACUCGGUUAAAUAAAGUUUUUCCAGUCAUAUUUUUUCACUGUGAUUUUCUUAAAAUGAAUGUGAAAACCUUGUCUCGUCCUUGUGGACGCAAUCUCAUGCAUUCUCGUCUCAUAAGAUCCCUACAAACUAGCCUAUAAGAAUGCAACUAAAAAAAGCAGGUUUUGCUUCAGCUGCUGAUAGACAGAAAGCUAGAAAGAAUGUUUACACUGAACAGCAACACAAUGACGUCUGUCUAGGCCAGGGGUGGCCAUUAUGUCGAUCGUGAGCUACUGGUAGAUCGCCAAGGUAGUUUGGGUCGAUCGCGUAAACGUCACUAUGUAGAUGUCAUAUGACAUCAGUCAGCUGACAUUAAGCUCCCCUCCUGAUUCGCGCUUGCUCCCCGGCAGCGUUUCAAGCUACACACGAAGAUGCAACUGUCAUCUUUAUUAUUGUGAUUAUGGAUGAACCAACUCUGCGGUAAGAUGUCUAUAUCUAUAACAAAAGUUAUCUGUUCACUUGUAGCGGCUAGUUACAUAGAAAAAAAACUGUAUUGUUUGAUGGCUUUGCUUGGCGUCAUGAACUCUGCUACAGAAAUCAGCGUUUUCUACAGGUUCGCUUCUUAAACUAUUAUUUCAUGCCGAAAUUACAAAUAUGCCCAUUGGUGAAACCUUUUCAAUAUGUUGGCUUGACUUCGGCUGCAUUGUCUUUUGCAUAAUCAUUUUAAAUUCUUGUAUAUCGCUAAUGUUUGAUAGCAAAUGCUAACUGGAUGUAAUACAUGAACUGUGUGCCCUAAUGAACGUUACAUAGCUAAUUUGACUGACAUAUUACCAGUACUCAGGUUAUGUACACAACUAUUUAGGAGUUAUGUGUAGUUAUCUUUAUUUCCAUAUUGAAGUGAAUUAUGAUAGAAACUACUUUGAUUACCUGUAAACUUUGAACAUGUGAAUGUGAAAGACUAAUCAUUAAUAUUUACAAUAGAAUUUCCGAGUUUACUGGUUACAUGUUGUAUAUGUUAUAUGUUUUAUAGAAAGAGGUAGAUCAUUUUGACUUGUACUUGCAUGCUGAGAAAGUGCGUGCACUCCUGAUAUACAUGUAUAACGUACAUAAAUACCUACUCUUUGUUUUUUUUUUAAAUAAAUAUACCGUACUAAAUAUAUGUACUUUCUAUAUUUAUAGUAGUAGGUAGAUCUUUGGGACUUGGUCAUUUUAAAAGUAGCUCGCAGGCUAAAAAAAUGUGAGCACCCCUGGUCUAGGCAGCACCCACACAAAAGUUACAGACGAAUGUUAUCUAAAAUCACAGACUGCAGCAGUCUGGAUGAGUUUCAGGUUAACAAUGCAACAGUGAUAGACCGACUUCAAAUAUUGGAGUACCUGCCCAUUACACCCCCAGUAAGCAUAGAAAAUAUCCUGCGUCCCCCUUUCCAUUCUUGACAAGACUUUCAACAAUGUGUUGAGUGUGUGGGAAUUUUUGUGUUGGUUUGUGGGGUCAGAGGUGACUGACAUUGGACCUGACUCACAAUCUCAAUUGUACUACACCAAACUCAUCCAACAUGCUCUUAAGCACCUUGCAUUAAGAAGUGUAUUUGAACAAUACCUGUAUAGGUUUCCAAGACCAGUUAACGUUGAACGGAAAUGAUUGUACAGUAUUACUGGUAAUAUGAAACAGUAUAUAAAAAGCCAUAUCACAAGAUAAGACACAUGAAGUUUCAAUAUGAAAGAGUGCGCCACUCACACUAUCCAUAUUCCUGUGAUGGAGAAGGCAGACAGGCUGACAGGCAGGACGAUCCAGGCAGUCAUUGGGCUGGCAGUGAGUUGGCUUUGUCCCAAGCAUGGGGUGAGAGGGCGGCUUCGGGUUGGCGUAACAACACGACACGGGGGUUCA